AUCUCUGUGUAACACUUUCCAGCGGCUAGUCGGACUCGUCAUCGCCAGAGUCGAUUAUUGUUCAUUUAAGGAUCAAACUCUUUUCAGAGAUUUUCACAUCGCUCACCAAGUUUUACUGCAUUGGAGUAAUGCUUAUUCUCAAUGUUCAUCGCUGUGAAAAAGGAGCAGUAAUUGAUAUACACUCACAAGCUGUUCUUGGUUAAAGAAACCGUAACAAUGGUCGAAAUUGAAGGAAGUUUUAUCAUUACUACCUAAGCUUCGAGACACAUAGGAAAAUAGUGCUUUCUAUCCUGUUCCACAACGGUGCAAUAAUGAAUGCAAAUAAAAUUACGGAAUUAGAUGGAGCGUCCAUGGGCUACAAAACACCACAGCAGUCCUUUCAAGAGGCAUUAAAUUUCACCAGCGAAGUCAACGAAAUAGAUGUUGAUUCUAAAAAAGAAAUAUCAUUGCUUGAACUAUUCAGGAAGUUCAACGACUCGGUGAUCACGUAUCCCGUUGUUGUUCUGCUUAUCAAUACUUUUUCAGUAUUAAUUAUUAUAUUUCAACGCAGUCUUGCCUUGAUAAUAAAAUUGAUCGUUCUCGUUCUAUACGUCGUUUUAUUGGGAUUCACGGUGUUCACAUUCAAGAAUCGCAAUUGAUUCUCAGGCUCUGCCACUACCACCCGUUCAAUAUUCGAAGGCUCCAACUUCUCAUUGUGUGACCGAACAUUGACUAGAAUCGACCUUAAAACACGGAUAAUGGAAAUAAGCCCAAUUGGUAUUUUCACCAAUACCGGCAUCAAAAAAUCGAAUCCAAAGCCGAGUUAGCCAUCAUCCAUUUUUCACAACCAGUUUAUUUGAAUAUAUUUUU